GAAGAGGCAGAUGCAAUGCCGGCCAACGCAACAAAGCCGGCGCCCAACCGGCCGCAGCGGCGCGUGACGGUCGGCCAGGUGCUGGCGAUGCCGCCCAAGUGGCUGGGCAUGUACGACGACUUCAUCACAAAGAACGCCGGCCAGGUGUCGCAGAUCGAGAGCGCGCUGAGGAGCUUGACGUACAUCAUUCCCGGCCGCUUCCGCGAUGCCGAAAUCGCCUCCGAGUCGAUCCAUUCCGGCGUCCAGCUGCUGUCGCUCUACCACGACGGCAUCCUCUCGCAGGCCGUCUCGAAGCUGCCGACGGCACCCGCCCGCUCGGCCCACGCGCGCUACACGCGAUACUGGACGCAGAAGAGCAAGACGUAUCGCCGGGUCGCCAUGGUGCUGCAGAUGGUCGUCUACACGGAGCUGCUGUGCGAGAUGAGCGCCAAGCGCCGCGGCGGCGAGAAGGCGCGGUGGAACGUCGUCGUGCUGCUCGAGGCCAUCAAGGCCUUUUGCCGCCUCAUCCUCAUGCGCGUCACGCGCUCGCGCCCGCUCGUCACCCCCGUGCUGCCGGAGCGGGAGCCCAUCCCCGACGACAGCGCCGACGACGACAACGAGGAUCUGGUGACGGCCAGGAGCGAGAGCGAGCUGAUGGAUGAGACGUCGCCCAACGGAUCCGCGUGGACGAUGCCCCGGACCGGCAUGAGCCUGCCGUCUCUGCCGAACCCCGGCGACGUCGGGUCUUACCUGCUGGGACGCGUCCUGACGGCGGACGACAUCAAGCCGGCCAACAAGCUCCUCAGCACGCUGCAAGGAGGCGGCCAGUUUGCCGAGAUCCUGCACAUCCUGACGCCCUUGAUCUACGCAGUGUCCCUGGCCCGCAGCAGGAACAAGAAGUCAUGGACGCCGUGGCUGGUGGGCGUGACGCUCGAAUAUGCGGCUCGCCAGCUCCGCCAACGCAGCAUGCGAACGUCAACGCUGGAACGGGACGAGUGGAACAAGAGAGGCUGGGCCAUGAUCUGGUGGAUGAUGCGCGGCGCCUUCUACGAGAAUGUCACCAAGGGGGCCGUCAACGGGGUGACGAGCAGGAUGCCGAGCUUCAUCGCGACGAUUCUGCAGGAUUACGAAUAUCUGUGGGAGAAUUACUACUUUAGCACGAGUGGUUGA